AUGAUUUUGCUAUUACGACAGCAGAAAAUUAGAUUAUCCUGUGUUCCUGCUGGAAAACCGAAUCAAGAUAGACUGCCAGCACCAAUGCAUCUUCUCGGCACCUUCCUAUUGGCUACAUGCGUUUUCGUAGUCCAAGCUUGCGGAUCAAUGAAGAAGAGAGGACCGCCAGGACUACCGGGACGAGUUGGACGUGAAGGAAAACGAGGGGAUCCAGGAGCGCAAGGACCUCAAGGACCACCAGGAGAGCGAGGCCCGCCUGGAGAGCCCGGGCCUAGAGGUCAGCCGGGAGAGGAAGGGGAAGUGGGAGAUCCAGGAGAGGCAGGUGACACGGGACUUCAGGGUAUAAGAGGACAGAUGGGAGGAUAG